CCUCCCCCCCAUUCCAUCUCCGAGUCCUGCUUCAACCCCACUCUCUCCCCUAUCCCUCUCCCUGCCUCCAUCUCACCCGACCUCCUCCCUCCGGGAGGGAGGGGGCUUGGCCAGAAGGGAUGGGCUAGGGGCCAGCCUCUGGCCAUGAACAGAACAGAGAAGAAGGGUCGGGCCGAGCAUUUUUUUUUUGCGAAGCGCCGCACGUUUACGGUGGCUUUUAAAGCCGGGCGAGCCGCACUGUGCGAGAGACCUUGCCUCUCUCCGCGCCAUUUAUGUCAUCAUCGUCUCGUGUAGCUCUCUGCGGUGGGGAGACGGGGGGGAGGUGGGGAGGCGUUCUCCCCCAUUGUUCGUCUUCUCCUACUGGCACACACGCACACCAUGGCUGCUGUGGUGAGUGAAGGACGGAUCUUUACGUACGGCGAGGACUGCAAGACGUCUUGGAAGGAGGCGGGCGCCCAGUACGAUGACACUGACACCCAUCUGCAGAUCAUGGGCAAGCCCGUGAUGGAGCGCUGGGAGGCACCCUACAUGCACAAGCUGGCGUCCAUCGCCAGUUCCAAAGGCGGUAGGGUGCUGGAAAUUGGCUUCGGCAUGGCCAUUGCGGCCACCAAGAUCGAGGAGCACGACAUCGCCGAGCACUGGAUCGUCGAGUGCAACGACGGGGUGUUCGCACGUCUGCAGCGAUGGGCAGGGCAGCAGCUGCACAAGGUGGUCCCACUGAAGGGCUUGUGGGAAGACGUCGUGCCUACGCUGCCGAAAGGACACUUUGACGGGAUCCUGUACGACACUUACCCUCUGUCAGAGGAGACCUGGCACACCCAUCAGUUCAACUUCAUUCAGGGUUACGCGUAUGACCUCCUGAAACCGGGCGGUGUGCUGACCUACUGCAACCUCACCUCCUGGGGCGAGCUCAUGAAGAGUCAGUUCACCGACAUCAACAAGAUGUUCCAGGAGACACAGCUGCCUCGACUCGAGGAGGCCAAGUUCAAGCGGGAAAACAUCAGCACCGAGGUCAUGGACUUGGUUCCACCUGCCGACUGCAGAUACUACUCUCACGCGCAGAUGAUCGCCCCUACUGUCGUCAAGCUGUAGGCAUUUGGCCGGCAUCCAGGCAGCUCGAUGCAGCCAGGGUGCGACUCUGGUUUGUUGCCAAGAUUUAUGUCUGCCGUGUGUUAAGCCUGGUCCACGUGUAACAAUUUUCCCCGACGCUACGAGAGGGAGAUUGUCAUCUCCAGCAUCGCACCAUUGUCACUCUGCAGUUCGUACAAAACGAUAAAUGUAUUGCCGCUUUGCUGUCGCACUGUCGUGGUGUCAUGUGCUACUAGUUCUGGCAACAACAAUGGCGGCGAUUGUGUUGCCAUAUCAGGUAGAUUCACUGCCCUCUGCCAUGCUCUCAUAGCAAAAGAUGACAUCACAGGAUUGGUGUUUGCUCCCUCUGCUGUAGCGUGAUUGAGGUUACUAGCUUUUGGCUGUAAAAAAAAAAACUAAAAUCAUGAUACAGACGUAUCUCGAUAAACGUUAGGGUUGCGUUUUUGGAAACUUGAACGUAAAGUGAAACAUCGCACUGUAUCGAAACGUAUAUUCCCAUAAGGUCCCAUUAUCUAAACGAAGAUGCGUUCCUAAGAAAAUAUUUUUGACCCAAAACCGACUAAAAUAACACUUUCCAGCACAAACAAGAUAUUGUCAUGCAUACAUAUGGAGAAUAAUAAGUAGACAGACAAUGUGAGAUGUUGAGGAUGUGGGGGGAGGGGUAACUGGAAAGGUGAGGAUGGGGCAGUGCGCGCAGCUGCCCCCCUCCCCCCCCGUGAGGACGUACCUACAAUAUGUAUAGUAUGCACAGUACAUACGGUAAGUACAGGCCGAAGCGUGGUGGAACGUAUAUUUAGUUUUGAACUUCACGGCUUGGUUUGUAAACGAGUGGCGAGGCUAUGCAACGUGGCAGCCAGGCAUAUGGCCUGGAGCCGUAUAAAAUGCAGACGUGAAUUUACUGCAGGUGUUUUGAUUUUCCCCCCCAACAAAACAAUACAAUUUAGAACAAACGAGACGUAAUUAGAAAAAAGUGUUAAUUUAUGAACGUAAUAACUAGUCGGCGUAAAUCGAGUUACCGGGCUACGCCUGAUAUUUGAACUGAGCUUCAUACUGAUCACACGUACCACAAGUGGCUGACCAAUCCAGGUGACCUCAUUUAGCCAUAAUGCUGUGUGAGCAGUGUAUAUCACACGGCAGACACAUCAGGCUUUUUCCUAAAACCAGAAUCUCACUUUUGCUACCGGUAACAUGGAGCCACGGUUGCAUGGAUUUGAACAACAAAUCGUGUAAUAAAUACUGAAUGUGCAGCUAAGAAGUAUAGACGUCAGACUUCAGUAGUAAUUUUGUAAAAUGUUGGAUUUAUUUUGUUUGAAAAUGUAGACCCUUAAGUAGAAUAGUUGGGUGAUCUUUAUCUGGAGCACAGUGGAGAGGAAAUCGACAACUCGAAGGACACCAGAUGGAGCCACAUCUCGCGUGCAGGAUGCUCAUGGGUCAUGUUGUUACCAUGGCGAGCACAAUCAUAAUACCGUGUACGGUAUUUUUUUACUUGUUUUAAGCGUUUUUCACUAAACCUAUGGUGGAAACCUCAUUUUAUUCUAGCAGGGGCCAUAUGCUCUGUACGUUAGCUCGUCGUCAGUGUAUUCCUAGUUUAGGCGCUAUAGUUUUGCACGGACCCCAAUUUUGUAAAUAUAAACUAAUUUCAAACACGUAAAAACGGAGUUGUUUGAUGCCUUAUAUUCUUGAACUAUUUGCAUCAUGAGGUUAUUUUACUUUAAAUAAUAUUCGUACAUUUUAAUUAUAUUCCCGAUUGAUGGCUUACGUAUGACUUGUAUGUUAGUGGUUAAGCUUGUUACGUGUGUAGUACGGUUGUCAAAGGUACAACAAAAGUAGAGAUUGCAAAAGUGGUAUUUUUUCGGCUGAAAGACCCCUGACUGCUCAUCAACGGUUCAAGGUACGGCGAGUGUCAUCGUCAGUCUCCCAGUGGUGGUUUAAAAACAAUCCGUAAUGUGCUGAUAUGGUGUGUAACAAAAAAACCCCAUCUAACUUGCAAAUGAGGCUAUGCAUAACUGAACUUAAAUGUUUUCCCUGGUGCAAAAGCUAAUACAGUAGUACUUUGUAUCGAACCAAAUAACAUACAUUACGAACUGCUACACAUUCCAUACACCUCUCGUCUUUGUAUUCUAGCCUUUGUUGGAGGUAUAAAUAGUACAUAAACAAAACGUGAGUAGUAUUUGUGUAGCUAAGAAACAUACCCUCAUGCCAAAUACUUGUUUUGUCGAUUAACAGGAAGUGAAACAACUUCCUGCUGGUGGUUGUACAAAAUGUAGGCGUGGAGCAAUGCACCAAUUCAUUGAUUAAAAUCAACUCUUAUCGCGAUAUGCACAUCGAAUUGCGUUGGUAACAAGCAAUUAUGCCUUCUUUUGACUUAAAGCUUUCGUGACUGCAGGAAUUCAUAUUCUUUGGGGUUUUCGGUAAAGUCACAUAGAUAGGUUCAAAUAAAAAAAAACCACGACGUUUCGAUCACAACACAAGCGGUCGUAGUUUUUUUUGUUAUUUUUUUUGAACCUAUCUACGUGACUUUACCGAAAGACCCAAAAAAUAUGCUCACUGUAUUUACAAUUCCACAAAAUUAUAUGCCAACGAUAUGCUGAUAUUACAAUUCGGUUAAUUUGGGCAGACCAAACAACACAAGUGAGACCUAAAAAAACCGAGAAACAAUAAAGAGACAUUAAAAUUUGAAAAUAAAAAAGUGAAUUCGUGAUCAAAUUAUUAAUCAAGAUCGUGACAAUGCAUUAACUCACUGUAGGGGCAACUUGUUACCUGUCUAGCACGAUGCACGCCGAGGUGAAAGACAUUAGAUCACUAGAAGACAUUAGAUCACACAUCAGCAAAAUCAAAUACUUUAUCCACUUUCAAAAUGAUCCCCGGGCAUCCAUUCCUGACUUGGGCGCCUCUGUGUGUGGGGUUUGUAUGUUCUUCCCCUGUUCUGCACGGGUUACUUCUGGGCAGGGGCGGUUUCUUCAUUAGGGCGAUUGGGCGACGCACCACCAAUGUCAUUCAACCACAGUCACGCUAGCCGUCACUGCAGCCUCUGGAUAUAGUCCAAUCAGCGUCAUGUCACGUUCUGUGGAGUACCGCCUCUUUUGGGGCGAUUUCACUACGGCUGAGAAUCGCCCCGAGUGGUCCCAUAGACUUACAUUGAAAGAUGUUUUUUUUCGAACGGGGGCGCUCCCAUGCAUUCUCUAUGGCUCCGGGAGGGCAAGCCCCAACGUGCUUACGUCAUCAUACGUGCUUACUGUCAUCAUACGUAAGCACGUUUCAUCCAACAAUAUAAUUUAUCGCUACCUAGUGGAGUCUUUAAUAAAAUAAACUUGAGUGGUUUGUUUUAAUAGUGAGUAUAUAAACAAACAAGAUGUAUUGUAAGAGUCACUUUAUUUUUCAUUAAUAUUAAAGUAGUGAAGUUGCCUUUACAUGCUUAAGCUGUUAAUUUAUCCAUUACAUGGGUGGACCUUAUCCUUAUCAAUCAUCCAGACAUUUGCCCCCCCUGAGAGAUUUUGCAGGAGCCGCCACUGCUUCUGGGUUAUCCUGGUCCCCCCCCCCUCCCCCACAUAACUAUGAAAUAUGCAAUGUCAACCCCGGUUCAAAUUUGCCCAAUUUGAAAAAUUACUCUUAAAAAGUAACAACCCCCCCCCCACUCCCCUACUGGCAAACAAAUGGCCAUCGCCGAGCCAGGCGUUGAGUCAUAUUGUACCGCACAUCGACAGCUGCCAGUAGUGUGAAUGGUGUCUGCGCUGAGACGUUUCACCACCCGAGAAAGCGCAUUCAUUCAGAGGAGAGAUGCCAGCCAAAAUGUGGACAGAAUAUCCCCAAAACGUUCGCAUUAAAGGUCAACCCAUACUUUGAUUUAGCGAUGAAACUCGGUAAACUGAAACGACCACAGCCGCAUGCAGAGACAAUGUCAGGAAUUAUUUACACAUGCUGUCCAGUAAAUGCUUGCACGCCCAUGCUUUUCACAAUUGUUUCCCUUCAACUUUUAAAGCGAGACGUUCCUGUAGUGUUUCAAAGGUGGUGUGAUCAAUGGCGAUUGUAGCACUGCAUACGUAGCCAUUGGUGGAAUUAUCCUGCAGAUUCCAAACCCCUGGCCUGGUUAUCACCACUGCUCCACUCAAGAGAUUCACUUGCUGCUUCUAAACACUCCGCUCCUGCAACACAACAGCACUCGCGUCAUCUUAAGCAAAUAGUAUUUUUACAAUUUUAAAAAGCAGUAUUUUGUAUAAGAACGUAUCGAUGUUUUAACCCGAUUUCUAACUGUCGUUAUUAUUCUAUUGGAGGGGGAUAACAAAGUAGAGUAGUUCGUCGAGUAGUUGGUAAGAGUCACGUAUUAAACUGUAACACUGUUAACUCCCCCUUCUUUAUAGCGGUAUUUACACGUGUAGUUGUACAUGCCUGUUCAUACGCUGUUAAGUGUUCAGUAUUUUAAAGCAAAUUCGGUACUAUGUAAUAUUUUGUAUUAAUGUUAGACAUUAAAAUUACGUAUGGUAAUACAGUACCACAGAUAAUUUUAAGUGGACAUUGUAGCAUUACAUUGAACUGCCUAAGUCUGUCUUGUCCGUUAAUAUUAAUGCCAGAGAAUCAAGGGAGUGGCCGGAUGGCUCAGAAGUCGGAGCACUGAGCUGGUAUAGCUGAGGUCCUCGAUUCGAAUCCAGGCAGUUGCCCAUGUUGAUUAAACUGAGUUCUCAAGCCGUAGUGAGUUAAUUGUCUCAUCCCGGUCAAUAAUGACUGCACAAAGAGAAAACAUAGCAUAAAAAAUUGGUUCUGCACUCGGAUUUGGACAAGUUCCUGCUCCGAGGAAAAAAACAAUAUUUGAUUCACUGUCAUUCGACGAACCCCACCCACUCUCAUAUGCAGAGGCGGGUGGGAAAGUUCUGCACCCUGUUGUAUGGACCAGCGGUCACUUGCAGGGAUCUCAAGAGGGUAGUAGCUCUGUGAUACCCCGCUUCAGUGAACCAUUCUCAAACACGAAGGGUGGCAACAACUGCUCUUCAUUUCGUGACACGACACCGAUAACUCAAUCGGGGUCACAUUUGGGAAACUUUACAUGAAAAGCCAGGAUCAAGGUCUGAAUGAAGGAAAUAAUAAUUUUGUUUGUUUUAUACCGGACUUUUUUAAAAUUAUAAAUUGAAUAUUUUUAACGGAAAUGUAAUCUGCACCUUUUUCGCGGUUUAUGGAACGAAUAUCCGCAGAUGACAGGAUCUGCGAUAUGCCCCCCAUAUCAAUUAUGGUUUACUUUAUUGGAGGUCUGUAUAUUAUUCAUAUAAAGUAUGGACAAUGUGGCAUUAAUGACCAAAUUUAAUUUGAAAUUACAUUACUUUACUACGUCAAGAUAUCCUCGGAAAACAAAACAGUACGCUGUCACAAAAGGCUUUCAAAUGGUUUACAUAAAUUUCGUGUACAUGCACUCCUCUACUUACGAACGAGUUAGGUUGCAGAGGUCUGUUCGUCGGUCGAUGUGUUCGUAAAUCCAACUUUACUCUUGUUAAUUGCAAACAUGUUGCACGGCAUGUACACAAGACACGGGGAAUUACUUUAAAACAAUUAUAAUCUCCUGUAGAUGUAGAUUCCCCUGGUUCGUAAUGUUCUGCAUAUGUAGAUGCCACCACCAUCAUCUGUUGCGCGGCAGUUAAACUUACAACUCUCGAUCCGAACAGACAACUGGACAUACGGACAGGUUUGUUCGUAUCUCUGUAAGUUUGUAAGUCGAAUGUUCGUAAGUAGACAAGUUCCUGUACCUACAUUGUGAAUAUGCUAAAAGUAAUUAAGCUCUUUUUUAUUUAUACAAAAGUGUUAUAUUUCAAAUUCACCAAGAUCUCGAUCCUUGGCUUAAUAAUAGUUGCUGUUUACUAUGCAGGUGUUUGCAUGACAGGGCAGCAUGUUGCACAUAACCGUCAGUUUACAGCAACUGCUUACCUUAACAACGUGUGCAGGACAAGAUAGCAGUUUUAAAAAUGAACUUGUAAUCUUGUAGAAAUUAGUUUUGUACUUUAAUUACAUGACGUGUGUUGUAUUCUUUUGUUUCACAACAGCUUAAUGAGACACUGAUGAAUGGUGCUAAUGCGUGAGCAGCUGAGGCCAUAGAAAGGGCUCUGUUGAGCUUCUUGUUGGCGAUCAAGAUGUAGUGCGCGAGAAAAAAUAAUAGACAUUAGAUGUGAUUGUACAGUUAGCUUGUAACGAUGAAAACGAGUGUUGUUUAAUGUCGUUUUGCUUUUUCACUCAUAGACAUGCCCGAUUGAUGAGAGCAGUCUACGAACAUGAUCCUUUUGCUGCGUGAUGUUGUCCAAUUUGCUCCAUGGAACUGCACACGUUGGUGUGCCUCUGUGCAUCAGCUAGUGUUCACCUUGCAUUGAAAAUUAAAUUUAAAAAAAUGUAGUCCCCUUA